AUGGACGAGUUCGACAACGAAGGUUUGUCGCAUAUUCAUCAUGCGGCAUUUAGCGGUUAUCAAAAAAGCAUCUCGCGUUUUGUUAGAACAAAUCAAGAGCAGUUGGAACUGUUGACGAAAGAUGGUAAGCGAAACACACCGUUGUUGCUAGCGUGUAGUAAUGGACAGCUAGAUGCAGUCCGUUUCCUGGUAGAGUUGGGAGCGAAUCUGGUCGCUUUUAAUGCCUCUGGUUUUGGUGUUAUCGAAUUAAGUGCUUAUUCCGGCCAUUUACAUGUCUUAGAGUAUUUUCUCGAACUGGAUUCCCCCGACGUUAACGUGUAUAUCUCCUUAGUUCGAGCUCUUGAUAAUUUAAAGGGGACACAUUUGCAAGUCGCGGCAUUGCAAUCGCUUUCCGAACUGUCAACACCAGAACGCUUGGGGACUGUUUUGAAUUCGGGAGCUAUCGAAGGCGUUGUUAAAGUCCUGGCCUCGCCUGCUAGCGAAGAAGAUGUUGUCAUUAACUGUUUGAUGUUUUUUGACAAGGUUAUAAAAAUUAGUAAAGAAGCACAUGAAUUAAUGAGGCAUGACAAUUCUGUCAAAGCACUGGUGGGGCAGCUUAGUUCUGAAAAUAAACAAAUUUAUUCACUGGGGGUAAAAAUAUUGGCCGAACUAGCAAGGGAGCACCCCCCUACUGUAGAAAAGAUCACAAACAAUGAUGGUAUUGAUGCUCUUGUAAAAAUUCUCAGGAAAAACACUUUGAACAAUUCUAUUCUGCUCGAUGUGCUUAAAACUUUGGCAUUGUUUUGUGAAGUCCGACCAAAAACACAAGAUGUGUUUGCUGCAGUAGAGAAGGGCUUUGCGACGUUGACCAGUUUGUUGAAAGAAUGUAAAAAGAGAAAGGUUCUAGCAUGUGUUUCAAGAACUAUUGCAUUGUUGGUUGAGGCGAAUGAACGAAAUCAGGAUUUAUUUGUUAAUGAAGAUGGCAUUCCAUGCCUCGUUCAAAUUUUGUUGAAGUCCAGAUCACAAGAAGCUCAAAUGGCUGCAGUUCUUGCAAUUAAAGCAAUUGCUAAUAAUGGCAGUGUCGCAAACCAGGAGUUGUUGCAACGCAAGGGUUGUGUCAAGGUUUUGACAAAGCUGUUACGAGAAGGGCCUCGGCAUGACGAAGUCCGACAACUGCUUGGUGAGGCAUUAUGGGCUAUUGCUGGUGCAGAUGUCCCCCAAAGGUACUCAAUUGCAAAGCAUAUUGGUAUAAAUAUUCUAAUUGAAUUUCUAAAAACUCCAAUCAUUCAUUGAAUUUCAUUGGUUCAGAAGCUUUGGUUGUAUUAGCUGAGGAUAUAAACAGCAAUCAGGAUGAAAUUGUUGCCGCCUCUGCAACUCAAUUCAUGAUUCGUUUAAUCGGGAAGCAAAACACCCCAGAGCCAACUGUUUUGAGUAUCUUUAGAACUUUGCGUGCCAUUUGCAUUCAAACAGGGUUUCGUUCACAUGUGAAAGGACAGGGUGCCAUCAUGGCGGAUAGUGGGAUCAAGUUUCUUGUGCGAUAUUUUGUACAUUCUAGAAAAGAAGCCACUCAAGCCGAAGCAGCAUACACUCUGGCAUGUGUUGCCCUUGGAAACCAAGAUACAAAUUCUGCGGUAGUUGACAUGUUUGAAUUCUCACGUUUGACAGAUUUGAUGUCGCAUGAAAAUAAGAGUGCACAGUUAAUUGCUGCACAUGCCCUAGCUUUGUUUGCCUUUAACAACACACACAACCAAAAGUGCAUAGCGUCAGCUGGUGGUCUUAUGUAUUCAAUGUUUAAGCUGCUAUUAGAUUCAAGUGACCACAAGACCCAAGCUAAGGCAGCAUUCCAGACUGUGGUUCUAUCCAGAAUUUUCCCUGAUGAAGAUCAAGCUAACACGUCAGCUGUUGGUAUUCAAAUGCUGGUCACCUUGCUUCAACAAGAUGAUGAGGAACUUCAAGCAAUGUGUAGUAAUUUCAUAGCAGGGUUGUCCCACACAAGGCCUGGUAUUCCUGCUGCAUUUGUGUCCAUUGGUGCCAUCCAAGUUCUGGCCGAACGUCUAACCUCGCAAUCUGACAAAGUCCGGUGUUGUUCGGCAAUCGCUUUGGGGUAUUUGAGCAUAGACAAAAGUGGGCAGAGACAGUUGUUAAAUGUGUGCAGGAGCCAGCCACCUUUGUAUAGAAUUUUGUGUAGCUAUGCAAAGAAUGUGAAGCUUUCACAAGAGUUUAUUGAAAGAUGGAAGCAUUACCAAAGGCUGUCUUGUUUGCCACCAAUGUAAGUCUGAUAUAUGUCAUGUUGGAAUUUAUCAAUACCAUACUAUAACCAUGGUAUAUGAUUUUUUAUGCCUGUCAAUAUGCAGCACUAAUUGAGUUCAUGUGGCCAUCAGUGAGUUGAGUUAGAAAUUAGUUUUUUCAUUCCAACAAUUUUAAAAUAUGUUAAUGUUUUAUUAUUUCAGCAAUCAGUCUGUAUUCCUGGUUAAUCAAUCUGACAUGGAUGAAACAUACACUAUUGGAAGUUAUUUUAACGAGACAUUCAAUGAAGGCAGUGAAGACAGUAUGUCGGAAGUAUCUGAAAAAAACUUACCGUUCCCAUUGUCUUGA